AACCGGAGGAAGAGGGCAAGAAGAAGCAGAAGCAGCAGCAGCAGCAGCAGAAGAAGAAGAAGAAGAGACUCUCUAUAUUCCGACAAGCUGGCGAACCUUUGGUGGCAUGGCCACUUGGGCCUCCCGGGAGCCGAACCGGCCUCCAGCUCCCCUGGUCCCAAGAGUCAGGAGACACCCCCGCCGAAAGAAGCCGAUCCUGGUGGCAGCGCUACGGCUCCUAACGACGAUGAGGAGAGGGACAACAGCAGCGAGUCAAAGGAGGGCGCCAUCGUGGCCGGCGCCCGCAGGCCCCGCGGCCGCCCCGCAGGUUCCAAGAACAAGCCGAAGCCCCCCAUUUUCGUAACCCGGGACAGCCCCAACGCACUCCGCAGUCAUGUCAUGGAGGUCGCAGGCGGCGCAGAUGUCGCGGACGCCAUCGCCCAGUUCGCUCGCCGCCGCCAGCGUGGUGUCUGCGUGCUCAGCGGCGCCGGCACGGUGGCCAACGCAGCCCUCCGCCAGCCAGCUGCUCCGGGCGCGGUGGUGGCUCUCCAUGGCCGGUUCGAGAUCCUCUCCCUCACGGGGACGUUCCUGCCUGGCCCUUCACCGCCAGGGUCCACGGGGCUGACAGUGUACCUGGCCGGCGGGCAGGGGCAGGUGGUGGGGGGCAGCGUCGUGGGCUCCCUAAUUGCUGCAGGGCCCGUUAUGGUGGUUGCCUCGACCUUCGCGAACGCAACCUACGAGAGGUUGCCAUUAGAGGAGGAGGAGGAGGAGGAGGAGGGGGUUCCAGGGGAAGGAGGACCAGGGCCGCUGCCGGGCGGGUCGCUACCGGGGAUGGCCGGAGGUGGAGGUCCAGGUGGGCUUCCGGACCCGUCGUCUCUUCCUAUUUUCAAUUUGCCGCCGAAUUUGGCACUCAAUGGUGCGCAGUUUGGCCACGACGCCUUCGCAUGGACUCAUGCACGGCCGCCGUACUAAGCGAAGGAGACAACACUGAUAAGGGAGAGGAAUUGCAUAAAAUAUCAAAGGAGGAAUUCGAUCGGUCAUGGCCAUCAACACAAGUAUAUAGAUGGAUGGAGUGCUCAGGGUGAGCUCUUAUUUACGUUUCGAAUAAGACAUAGUAUAUAGAUGUGGUAUUAAUUAAUGGCCUUUUAGUAGUUCUUGUACUCUUAACAAAGGUUACAUGCAGCACGAUGAUGUUGUCAUGGUGGGUUUAGAGGUUUUGUUUUGAUGGAGGGGAUUGUAGGGGGCGUCAAGAAAACUUCCAAGAGCAUCAAUUAUGUUGUUAAUCAUCCUGAUAUAAUUUCUGCUCCCCAUGAGAAA